AUGUUGACCAAUGAACAAAAAGAAAGACGUGUUCAAUGGGCUUUGGUACACAAGAAUGAUGAUUGGAGUCGUACGGUAUUCUCUGAUGAAACAUCUUAUCAAUUAUUCAGAAACACGAUUCGUCGUUGGUCAAAAUAUGCUGAUAAAGAAAUUAAAAAAAUUCCAAAGAAUAAACAAAAAAUUAUGGUAUGGGGUGCUUUUAGUAUCAAAGGUCAAAUAUCAUGUCAUUCUUUUCGAACAAUUAUGGAUGGUCGUCUUUAUGUUGAAAUACUUCAAAAACAUCUUAUUGGUGGUGCAAAGAAGCAAUUUGGAGGUCGAUGGAGAUAUCAGCAGGACAAUGACCCCAAGCACACCAGUCGAAUAGCACAACAAUUCUUGGAAGACAAAGUACCUGAAACAAUGGACUGGCCGAGUAAUAGUCCAGAUAUUAAUCCCAUCGAAAAUCUAUGGUCCAUACUUAAACGACGUGUAGAAAAACGAAAACCAUCAAAUAUCGACGAAUUGGACCAGUUUUUACAUGAAGAAUGGAAAAAAAUCGAUUUGACAAUUAUAAACAAUUUAGUAUAUUCGAUGAAAUCGAGAUGUUUAGCAGUUAUUGAUUCAAAGGGAGAAAGAAUAGAUUAUUAA